UCCUAAGAUGUCCACUUUCCUUCUUGAAUUUUCAUUCUCAUCCAAUACCACCUUGUAGGUGGUAAUGAGUGGUAAUGGAAAUUGCUUCCCCUUGGAGACAAAAACACAAGUUUAAGAGUGAGAUUCUUGUCCAUGGAAGAAAAAUGCCUCCCCAUGGAGAUUUUAAGGGUGAUUUUCUAAUAAAAUUACACUUAAAAUUCAUUCCCAUUACCGCAAUUUAUUAACGACUACCAAACGGGCCGUCAGUGUCGUGUACUGGGCUCGAUGCUGCGUUGGAGACUUGGAGUUCAGCAGCUUGUGAUUAGCUGGGCUUAAUUGAACAAGCAUCGGGAAAGCUAUGUUGGACCGCAAAUAAAAUGUUGCUACAAGUGAACACUGAGCAGCCUCAAGCGGCCAAGUGCGGGCCAGCAGCUGGGCGUUUAACCUCUACAGUCCAGUAGUCCACAUAUAUGGCUGCAAUGCAUGUGGUUGGAGAUGCUUCAUGCACUGACUUGGCCAUUUCCCCUUGGGGGAUCUGCCAUUACUGGUCAAAAGAUAUGUUUUGAGUCUUUGAGAGAAGCUCAACCAUUAGCAGGUCGAGUCUAGCACAAGGUUUUUAUGAUUUUCUAUAAAUAGAUGUCUUUUUUUUUUUUACUUGCUAGUCGCUACAUUUUCUUAUUUAGUAACUAAUGGUCCCAUGCAAAAGUACCAAUACUCUUUUUUAUUUUCGACAUCUUCAUAUUUAUAACUCAUAAAAGUACUAAUACCCCCCGGGAAAAUAGAGAUAGCAUAAAUUAAUUAAAAGUAGUACAUAACAUCAAGCCCUAUUAGAAAGGGUCUCAUUGUUCAAGCUUAGGCUAUUACAAACCACACGAAUUUCUCAGUUAGAUACAACCCUUAUUGCCUUGACCUCGCAUCCUUUGCUAGAGCAUCAACUAAUAUGUUGCUUCCCCUUCCUUUUCCUUCAAAUUGCAGUCAGUCCCUGGAAACUGAGGAUCAGAUCCCUCCAUUUUCCAUUAAGCCCGCAAUAGAGUUAUGAAGUUUGAUAGAGCCAUUUUUUCCAGCAAUUGCUCUAGAAGAGUCCAUUGUCUGCAUAUAGUUAUUCCGAUCUCUCAUCCUCAUCCAUUGAGGGGCUUGGAGCUAGAGGAUGCCGUUAGGUCCGCUUUGAGUGGGGAUUUUCCCCCAUUUAUUUUCUUGUUUUUGGUGGGUUGGAAGUAGCGAUUGAUAGUUAGUGACUUUAGGUUGUGGUGAAGAGAGUUGUAAAAGUAGCCAAGGGUAUAAUGGUACAUUUACAUGCUAGUUGUCGCGAUUUUAAGUAAUUUCAGGGUGAUGAAUAGGAGUUCAGUUAUUGUAAUGUACUUAGUAAUUUCUUUUUAUUAAACAAUGAAUUUAUUUAAACGUUUUAUAACGUUAACUUUGACUUGAGGAUGGUGGCAGGUUUAAACUCACUAAAGAAAAGCUGAGGUGUUUAAGGGAAAUAAUUUGACAUAUGUUUAGAUAAAAAGGAGUGUUUUUAUACACUUAAUUAUAUAAUCACAAAGUAGUUAACUUUGAUUUGUUUUAUGUGUGGAUCGUAUCAGAUCAACACGUCUGGCUAUGUACAGCUACAAGUCAUGUGCAAGAUGAGUAAUGAUCAUCAGCUUUCACUAAGUCCUAGAUUAGCAUUUAGCAAUAUACUUUUACAUAAUUAAUUAGCUCUUUGAUUAAGGAAGUAGUGAUGUAGUAUACACAUACAGUCUUGCCCUUCAAUUCUAUUCACAGAAGAAGAAAAAAAUGGCUACCCUACUUCCACAAGAUGAUUCAACUUCAUCUGUAUCCAACUUCAACACCCAUGAGAUUCAACCUCAACCCUUGAACCCAACGUAUAACCAACACCAUCGUCCUACAGUUCUACUCAUUUCAGAAAAUGAUUCAGCGGCUGCUGAAGUCGAACAAGUUUUCGAGAAUUGCUGCUGUAAGGUAGUUGUUGCUUGUUUUGCUGUCACAUUUACAGGGGUAAUAACAUUGAUUUUCUUUGGUCUAGCCAUCUCUAUAACUAUCAUUGCUUCCAUCGUUACAUUACCAUUCCUAGUCGUAUCUGUAUUCGUUACUCGAUUCAUCCAGUUAUUUAGGCAUGGUGAAGGCUAUGAGAAAACUCUUCAACUUUCACUAACCCUCCGCGAUUGGAUUUACGCAGAACUGACUUUGUUAGCCUUCACUCUUCUAAUUCUGUCUGCAAUCACCAUGCAUUCUCCUGGCUUUGAAAAUGAUAUGUUAAAAAUACUGCCCAUAGCAGAUCAUUAUACAUAUUUUUGCUCAUGUUUUUGGCGUGUCUUCACAACGUCUUUAUUUUAUAUUGUCUCAUUAGCUUAAUGCCAUCAAUCCCAUUGGCUCAUACGGAAAGCAGCCUUUAUGUUCGAGCAGCAGUGCUUGAGAUAAUCGACUGUGUUACUUUCUGGGCUAUCCAGUUUCUGGUCAUGAGAGCUGUUCCGACUCUAAUGCAUCACAAACUGCUCGGGUUGUAUACUCGAAGAUGGAUUGAUGUAUCGAUUCUGGUUCUUAUAUCUCACAAUGUCAUUAAGAUAUCUACUCAUAUCAUCGUGUGGCUGCUACGAGAGCUAGCUUGUGAAAAGCUAGAUCCAGGGCCUAACGAAAAGUCAAAACGAUAUUUCAUAAUGGAGAAGAUCUUGCAAAGAAAGUAUCUAGUGUAUUACGCCAAUGGAACGAAACACAGCAUCAACACUAUACUUACUUCAGUGAUGCUUCUACUUACAUGGGUGUUGUACUUACGCUCCAAAGUAGAUGAAACGCCUCGAACCCAAGAUAUAAUACAAUUUGGAACCUGGACUUGUGUUACUUUUCUCAUUGCUUCUGUUCUUUGGCUUAUCAAAACUUGUUUAUUGUUGUCAUGGGAAGCUAGUGUAGUUUAUAACAGAUUAGAUUGGAGUAGUAAAAUCAUAGACGGAGGGCUGCAGUUGCACUUCCUCGGCAUCAUCGAUCAACACAACUACGACGUAUUCAACCUUCUUCAGAUUGGUACGGUAUACAACAAGUUGCUGCACAUUUUUUGA